UUCCGUUCUCUUCCCUUGUCUAUAAGAACUUGAGUUAAAGGUGUAGAGACGACUCUUCCCGGGAAGGUUUUGCUUGCAUCAGAGUAGAAGUGCAAGUAUUUUUGUUGGAAAACUGAAAUAAUCUGUCUAGUCUGGCCAAAGCAGAGGUGUUCGAUAGGAAAUGUGAGAAGGCAAAGAAUGGGGAUGGAGAACAUCCAGAGAGCAGUGCCACAGGAACCUCCCGGUAUGUCAUCAAAAAGUUAAACCUUAGAAGUGCUUCCAGCUGUGAGAGGAGAGCAGCAGAGCAAGAGGCACAGCUUCUGUCCCAGCUGAGACACCCCAACAUUGUCACCUACAGAGAGUCCUGGCAGGGGGAUGAUGGCCACCUCUACAUUGUGAUGGGCUUCUGCGAGGGAGGAGACCUCUACCACAAACUCAAGGAACAGAAGGGAAAACUCUUGCCUGAGAAUCAGGUGGUGGAGUGGUUUGUCCAGAUUGCCAUGGCACUGCAGUAUUUACAUGAAAAGCACAUUCUGCACAGAGAUCUUAAAACUCAGAAUAUUUUCCUGACACGAACAAAUAUAAUCAAAGUGGGAGACCUGGGAAUAGCCAGAGUGUUGGAAAACCAAUAUGACAUGGCCAACACACUCAUAGGCACCCCAUACUACAUGAGCCCUGAACUCUUCUCUAACAAACCCUACAACUACAAGUCUGAUGUUUGGGCCUUGGGCUGCUGUGUUUAUGAAAUGGCAACACUGAAACACGCCUUCAGUGCUAAGGACAUGAAUUCCUUGGCUUACCGAAUUAUUGAAGGGAAGCUGCCACCCAUGCCAAAGGAUUACAGCCCACAGCUGGUAGAAAUAAUACAAACUAUGCUCAAUAAAAAACCUGAGGAAAGACCUAGUGUGAAAAGCAUCCUGAGACAGCCAUAUAUUAAACAACAGAUUUCUUUGUUUCUGGAAGCCACAAAGGCGAAAGCUGCUAGAAAUCAUAAGAAAACAGUGAAUUCUAAGCCUAAAGACCCUUGUUCUGUCGUCUCAGCAAAGAAUGUAUCUCAGAGCAGGAAUGUUACACACCAAAACCACUCCUCUGAGCAAGCUAGAAAAUACAAAGUUGAUGUAGAAGAUUGCGUCACCAAAUGUAAAGCCACCAAAUUUUGUCCCUCAGAGAAACCAGCUGUUGAGUUGGAAAGAAAACCAAGCAAAAGCAAUCUGACCAGCUUGGGAGACUCCAUAGCUACCGUCAGUGGAGUGAACAUUGAUGUCUCCAUGUCAGAGAGGAUGAAGUGUGGAAGGGAGAAGCGUGGCAGUGAGAGUAUUCCAGAGAAGAAUAAAGCAAAGCAUUUACAUGUUCCAGGCCAUUCUAAAAUAACAUCUAAUAACCCACCAAUUAAGGAAGAUGGACAACAGCAAAGAGCAAAACAGGCUUUUAAAGCUGAAAGUAUUGAGUCUCAGCCAUCUUCUGUUGAUUCUGUAGAAGAUGAUGAUGACACUUUGAAACUACUGCAGCCUGUAUCAAAAGACCAAAAGCAAACUGAGCUGAGCUUGGAUUCUACUGAAAAGCUGCUUGCACCCUUUGUUCCCGCUGUAAUUCAAGAUGAUGUCAGUCAUGGAGCUUCAGGAGAUGUUCAGGGAAAAAUGACCUUCCACAUACAGCCUCACAGCUCUGUCAAUGAACCCUCUCUCUCACAGCAGCAGCAGCAGCAGAAGAGAGAGCUUGCUGAAGGCUGCUCAGAGAAGUUCAGAGCAGUUUCUCCUCGACCUCUACCUGUUCCUUCUGAUGUGACCGCAAAGACAGCCCAGAGGGUUGCAGAGCCCUCUGAGCCUACAGAUAGUGCCAAACCCAUCCAAGCAGCCAUUCCAAAGGAGCGGCCCUUGUCAGCAAGAGAACGGAGGAGGCUGAAACAGUCUCGGGAGAUGCUUCCCUCUGUGGUUCCAGCGAGACAGGCAUUAAAUGGUGCAGUAGUUGAAGCGAAGUCACUUGUGGAAAAUUGUGUUAAAGUUCCCCAGUCCUCAUCAGAUCCCAGUAUUUCUCAGAGAAAGAGAGAAGCCCAUUGCCUGUCUGAUGACGAGCUAAGCUCUUCCACAAGCUCUACAGACAAGUCUGAUGGUGAUUCCAAGGAGAAGAAAAGCAGUGUGAAUGAAAUGAAUGACUUAGUGCAGCUGAUGACAUGGACACUGAAAAUGGACUCCAAGGAGAACUCUGAGUGCUGUGUAACCUCAACCCCAGUCCCAGAGUUUAAACUUCAUAGAAAAUAUCGAGACACUUUGAUUUUGCAUGGAAAAUCACCUGAUGAAUCAGAGGAAUUAAAAAUGGAAGAGAUUCCUUCAGAUAUGUUAUUGGUCCCUUACAAGAUUAGGAGAAUGGUUGAAAUCCUGAGAUCUGAUGUGGUGCAAGGAUUGGGAGUGAAACUUCUUGAGAAGGUGUACAGAAUCAUGGAAGAAGAUGACGAAGCAAAAAGAGAGCUGCAGUUGCGGGAGCACAUGGGAGACAAGUACAUAAGUUACAGUGCGAAGGCUCGGCACCUGAAAUUCCUUGAGGAAAAUGUGAAGCUCUGACCAGAAUCUUUUUCUUGGAGAAAAGAACUGUUUUCUAGCUCCUUUGAUAGACUGGAUCAGCUUACAAAGCACAUUUAUCCAUUGAUCUCCUUUGCUGGAAUAAGGAGGUGAACUUGCAGAAAAUGUUACAGUUUGUAGUAAUAUUUUUCAUGUUAAAAUGUGAACCAGGCUAACAGUUUCUCAGAAGAGAAGCUGUUUAGUUUAGUUUUUAGUCCCUUAAAAAGUUGCUUUUCAUAGAUGCAAAUAGGGCUGGAUACCAAGUUUUGUAUACUAAGGAGUGUCAAAAAAAAUUAUGUUCUGGUUUGAAUUUGUGAUAGCAAAAAAAGGUUUUUGGUGUGGGGUCUCAUACUAAGUACA